ACUGGUAAAUCAUGUAAUUAAUUUAUGUCAUUGAAAAAACUCAAUGACAAUGGCAAUAAAAGUCAACAUCACGACUAUAGGAGCAGCAACAACAAGAAAUUAUGGCCAACACGUGAUUAGAACAAAAUGCUUUGCGCCGUUAUAUGGCUGUUUGGAGAGAGACGACGCUCACGCCAUUCAUAUUAGUGAGUGACUCUUAAACGCGUUGACUUGUCGCUUACAUUACGAGUACACGUACGCUGCUCUAAUAACAUUUAAAUAGACGUAGCCGCAAUUAUACUAUAUGUUGUUAAUUAAAUUGACAGACAAACUGGUAUUGCCUUAGAAAAUUUGCAACGACGCCAAUGGGUAUUUGUGCGCCUUUUUGGAAUGCUGUUUUGCGUUUUUUGCAUUUGCUUUGGGUGGCUGAGUGAAGCUGGCUGCGAUGACGUUUGAAAAAUCGACCAUGCGCCGCUUGGUCACAGCCUCGGCCUUGCUACUGCUCUUCAGCCACGUGAAUGCCGCCGGUUAUCACUAUGGUCCACCUUCGCCGCUCUCAGCACCAGCACGCCCACCACCAAAUAGCAAUUCCGGUCACUUCUUUCCGCCCAUUCCGACUACAGUGCCAUUGCCGCCGGUGCCAUCAAUACCACUAUUACCCACGGGCCGCCCGCAAGUACAACGUCUGAUACCAGCUGCACCAGUAGCUGGACCACGCACUCAUACGCAAUCACUGGUACAAGUGCAUCCAGCAUCAUCUGCAGCACCGCGUCCAGCAGCGCCACAACAACGGCAACAACAGCGACCACCCACCGUCUUCAGUUCGUUCCGUCCACCAGUACAGCUUCAGCCACAACCGCAGCCACAACCACAGCCACAGGUAGGCUAUAGCUAUGCACCCCCAACUGCUUCCGCACCUUCUGCACCCACUGCACCACUCCAACCGCAACCGUUGCGUGUGCCAUUCGGCCAACAGCCAAUUUAUAAAUUUGGCACUGGUAUCGGACCGGACAGCGACUUCUAUGUCGUGAACGGACGUCAGCUGAAACAGUAUGCCGUUGUGGAGUUUGUCGACAAUGAUAUCUCACAGGACACAAAACCAUUCCUCACGCGUUCCUUCGUCAAUAAUUAUCGUGCACUAGUGGGUGCUUCGGGUACAGGCGCUAUUGCUCCACUGCCCUCAGCCAUGCAAUUAGACUCGACGGCUAAUGCGAUUUUACGUGAGCAGCAACGUUUGGAAUUCCGUGGCGCCACUGCACGUGGUGACACCAUUGCUUUGGGCUCUGGCGGCAUUGGUUUUGUGCGUCUACCCGAUGGCAGCGUUACUUUGGGCUCGGGUUCGCUGAACUUUGUUACCGGCCAGCAACAUUUAGCUGACCUCCGUGCCGCGCGCACACGUUCGGAGUCACAACGCGAUCCUUUACAUUUCGGUCAUGGACCAUUGGAGGAACCUAAUAACCGUUUCCUUUUCAAGUGAGCAGAGAUGUGGAUGGGACAAUGUAAUGGCUGAUGAGGAUAUACAUACAUAGUUUGGUUGCCUACGCCAUAUGGUUGCUUGCUUUUAAGAAGUUGUAAAAUUUUAAUUUGUUUAUUAUCUAAUUUUUGUUUUUAUUAUUUUCUUUUCCUUCUGUAAAAUAUUGCUGCCAAUUUUAGAUUUAAGUUAUAAAGGAGAAUUAGCAAGAAACACAACGCUGUAUAGAUAUUUUUCUGAAAUAUUUGUAUAUGUAUUUGUGUAGCAUAUUCUUAAUACGAAGCUUAUGUACAUACGGUUGUAUAUAUUUGCCUAUUAUUGUAUAAAUAAAACAUAUUUAAUAAACUUCCUAUGAAAUGUGGGAAUUUAAAAAUGAACUUUUCAAUAAUAUCAUGGAAACUUUAGUUAAAAGCUGUCAUUUGUAACCGAAAUUAAGUAAACGAGGGACGUUGCCUUUUUGUGCUUUUAAGUAGUCUUUCGAAGGGAUACUUCGCACUGUGUAUGCCACACAGACCCUGUCUAAGGCUGGUGUGGGCGGCACUGCCGCUUCUUUGCUAAUCAGCACAACCUGUAGCUCUUUCCAUACUUUUGCGGGCUGUCCAGGUCGAAACCUUCUCCUGGUGAAACCAAAUUUCUUUGCCUCAAAACAGCAUAUACAGCGCUUCAGUAGAUUUCAAGCACGUCGCAAACUUCAAAACACUUA